GCUAGACCCAAAAGGCGUUCCAGUCAUCGUUGUGAAAUGAAGUACGAUAAGUCUGUCCAAUGGCUGCAGGCAGCUGAUGGUCGCCGUUACAGCUCUACCGAAGGCCGAUCUGUAGGUCACGUGACCUGCACCGGGUUGGUGGCUUACUGGGCUUUUUCCUUAGCCACUUAUUUCUUUUCAAAUUGCAAAUCACUUCAUAGCCAAAAAAAAAAAAGUGGUAUUACAUAGUUUGGAAUACUCUUUUUUUUUUUUUAACUCCUUUUCCUUCUUGGAACAUCAAUUUACAUGGGGAAACAUUGCCAUCUAUUUAGUAUAGCUUUGGUCAUUUCCAUUCAAUGUUACAAUAUAGUUUGUCUCUCUGGUCAGCUGGCUCUUAAUCGUGCCGAUGAGGAAGCCCUUCUUGCCUUGAAAGCUCACGUAAUUCUGGAUCCUGAAAACAUAUUGGCCAAAAACUGGUCCAGUUCUAUUUCAUUUUGUAAUUGGUUUGGUGUUUCCUGCGGCCCCCGGCACAAACGAGUCACAGCCUUGAGUCUUCCUGGCAUGAGUCUCAAUGGCACCCUCCCUCCGCAGCUAGGAAACCUUUCUUUCCUCACAACCUUGGACCUCCGAGACAACAAUUUCCAUGGCAAUCUGCCCCCUGAGUUGGCUAAGUUGCGCCGUCUGAAAUCUAUGAUUUUGUUAAAGAACUACUUCAGUGGAGAAAUUCCAGAACAAAUAGGCUAUCUUCCUCGGCUGCAGGACCUGUUUUUGUCAGCCAAUACACUUUCUGGCUCCAUACCAUUGACAAUCUUCAACUCGUCUUCAUUGAAAAGGAUUGUUUUGGCUACUAAUAACCUUGAAGGAAGUGUUCCAGAUGAUUUGUGUGACCAUCUUCCAGUAAUUCAGAUGCUUGAGAUUUCUUUCAACAACUUAUCAGGAAAAUUUUCGCCAAACCUGGAAAGGUGUAGGCCGCUUCAGAUCCUGGGUCUGUCAAACAAUAGAUUCACAGGAACCAUACCUAGAGAAUUUGGCAACUUGACUAUGCUUAAGGAGUUAUAUCUUGGAUUUAACAACUUGGAAGGUGAAAUCCCAAGGGAGUUGAGUAGACUUGUUCGUUUGGAGAGGUUUGCAGUGGAGAACAGCGGCCUGACAGGACGAAUUCCAUCUGAGAUGUUCAAUAUCUCUACCUUGAAAGACUUUGUGGUGAUGAACAAUAGCGUAUCGGGCAGCCUCCCACAUGACCUCUGUCACCGUCUUCCUAAUCUGGAAAAGGUUUUUUUCUUUAACAACAAGCUCGAUGGCAACUUUCCAGCAGAUAUCGGUAAUUGUACAAUGCUUCAGCAACUUCGCCUAGGCAGGAACAACUUUACAGGCGUAAUACCGCGGGAGAUAGGUAAUCUCAAACAUCUUGAGAUAUUGAGAUUGGCAAUCAACAGUCUAACGGGCCCGAUUCCACCAGGAAUCUUCAACAUGUCAACACUGAAAGAAAUUUCAUUAGCUCAAAAUUAUUUUUCAGGUAAUCUUCCAUCUGAUAUUGGCACAGGGCUUCCAAAUGUUGACGAACUAAUGGUUGGGGCCAAUAAACUCAGUGGAAACAUCCCUGAUACUAUCGGCAAUGCUUCUAAACUAGCUUUUCUAGAAUUUAGUGAGAAUCUCUUCACCGGUACCAUACCCAAGUCCUUAGGUAAUCUAGAAUCUCUUUUGUUGCUUGGCCUAGCAAAUAAUCAUUUCAUCAAUGAUCCAUCCACUCCAGAAUUGAGUUUUAUCACACCUUUGGCAAAGUGCAGACAACUAAGGACUUUGGCAAUAGCACAGAAUCCCCUAGUUGGAGUAUUCCCACCCUCUAUUGCAAAUUUGUCAACUUCUCUUGAAAUUUUUGAUGCCUCUGGUUGCAAAAUCUUUGGUAAAAUACCCGGUGGGUUUCGCAAUUUAAGCAACUUGUUCUCAUUAAGCCUAAGCAACAAUGAGUUGACAGGACCAAUCUCUAAUAUAUUCCAAAAUUGGACAAACCUGCAAAGAUUGUAUCUUAGUGGCAAUAUGUUUGAGGGAACCAUACCAGAUGGACUAUGUCACUUGAGGAACUUGGGAGAACUGUUUUUGGGUGAUAAUAGAUUUUCUGGACCAAUUCCAAGGUGCUUUGACAAUCUUACGUCUCUAAGAAUUAUCUUGUUAAACUCUAACAAUUUGUCUUCAAAUAUACCUUCUACCCUUUGGAAUCUUAAGAACCUCUUGGUUUUGAACCUAUCAUCAAAUUCAUUGAGUGGCUCUCUAGCUCCAGAAAUUGGAAAUUUGAAGGUGUUAACGCAAAUAGAUCUGUCCAAGAAUACAUUAGCUGGUCAUAUCCCACCCAAUUUCGGUGAUCUCAAAGACUUAACUAGUCUUUCUCUGGCACAUAAUAAUUUGCAAGGUUCCAUUCCUGAAUCCUUUGGCUACAUGGUGAGUAUGGAAUUCUUAGAUCUAUCGGGUAAUAAUCUCUCUGGAGUCAUUCCUAAGUCCUUGGAAAGGCUUUCCUUUCUGAAAUAUUUGAAUGUGUCUUUUAAUACACUAGAAGGAGAAAUCCCAAAUGGAGGACCUUUUGGAAACUUCUCAGCUAGAUCAUUCAUUAAAAAUCAUGCACUUUGUGGGUCUCCUCGACUGCUAGUCCCACCUUGCAAUUCCAGCACCUUUCGAAGAUCCAGGACAACCACUAUGCAUGUAUUGAGAUAUGUUUUACCAACAAUCUCUUUAAUAAUAUUGGUAACAGUCCUGUUUAUUGUCUUCAAAAGGUAUCAGAAUAAGAAAACAAAUCCACCAGCAGUAACGGAAGAUUCAUUACCUUUGGCAACAUGGAGAAGAGUAUCGUACUAUGAACUUUUACAAGCAACGGAUGGAUUCAGUGAAUCCAAUUUUAUUGGAUCGGGGAGUUUUGGCACUGUCUAUAGAGGGACACUUCAAGAUGAGAUGACUGUUGCUAUAAAAGUUUUCAAUUUGCAGCUAGAGGGAGCAUUUAGAAGCUUUGAUGUUGAAUGUGAAGUAAUGCGCACUAUUCGUCAUCGCAAUGUCGUGAAGAUCAUUAGCAGUUGUUGUACGAUGGACUUCAAAGCCUUGGUGCUUGAAUUCAUGCCUAAUGGAAGCCUUGAGAAAUGGUUGUAUUCUCCGGAGUAUUUUCUUGAUAUCAUGCAGAGAUUAAAUAUAAUGAUUGAAGUCGCAUCAGCACUAGAAUAUCUCCAUUUUGGAAAUUCAACACCUGUAAUCCACUGUGACUUAAAGCCAAGUAAUGUCUUACUUGAUGAAGAAAUGGUAGCUCAUGUUUGUGAUUUUGGCAUCGCCAAACUCUUGGGAGAAGGGAAUUCUCUGACACAAACCAUCACACUUGCCACUAUGGGGUACAUGGCACCAGAGUAUGGAUCAACCGGAGUUGUUUCUACAAGAGGAGAUGUUUAUAAUUAUGGUAUUCUGGUGAUGGAAACAUUUACGGGAAGGAAGCCUACAAAUGAAAUGUUCGCUGGAGAAAUGAACCUCAAAAGUUGGGUGAAAGAGUCGUUGCCUCAUGCGAUAACCGAAGUAGCAGAUGCCGCUUUGUUGGGAGAAAAGGAGGAAAAUUUCAUGGCUAAAACAAGUUGUAUAUCAUCUGUUUUGCAGUUGGCUCUAGAUUGUUGCGCAGAAUCACCAAGAGAAAGAAAAGAUACGAAGGAUGUUGUCGUGACGCUUGCAAAGAUCAAAGAAAAGUUUCUAAAGGCUAUCGGAUGAACUCAAUCUUUGUAUUUAUGAAAUCUUGAUAGCUGGUGUAAACUGUAAUGAGAACCUAAGAACUCAUUGUGUUUUCAUGAUGGUUGAAAGCUGCAGCCUGCAGGCACUGCCCAAAUAAUCGUCUAUGACGUUAUUAAAAUAAAUUUUGGCAAA